GAUUCGAUAAAUGGCAGUCGCAGACGAACUUCCAACCAUUUAUUGUGUAGUUCUAGGGUAGUCGCAGAAAGUGAGACCCACUGGAAGAAAAACGUGAUUUGAAAGUUUGAAGAUGUCGCUCAUACGAAAUGAGAUUGAAUAUCCUCCAAGGACUUAUAAGACAGUGAAACAGUUGGCUCUUCCAGAAAAUAAGAACAUAAGUAUCGCCGAUAUUGAUUCUAUUACUAAGAUCCACGAAAAGGUACAUGCAUCGGUGGAAGGCAGUAAGAUUGUCGAAUUUUACAAUGGCAAAUCGAUUUUUCUGACUGGUGGCACCGGGUUUAUAGGCAAAUUGAUGACAGAAAAACUGCUGAGAACAUGCACAGGCAUCGAGACUCUAUAUUUACUUGUACGACCAAAAAGAGGUAAGAACGCGGAGUCAAGAUUGGACGACACAUUCGAUGAUGAGAUUUUCUCUGAGCUCUGGAAAGCACAGCCAAAAUUCAGACACAAAGUUGUUCCUAUACAAGGAGAUAUCACACUACCGUCUCUAGGAAUGAGUAACGAAGAUAGGAACAAGCUUAUUCAAAAUGUCAACGUCAUUAUUCAUGGUGCUGCAUGUGUACGUUUUGACGAACCGUUAAAACGAGCGGCUACUGUUCAUAUUUUUGGAACCAAAGAGAUCAUGACUUUAGCGCAGCAAUGCAAAAAUUUGGUAUCUCUGGUACACAUCAGCACUGCCUACAGCCAAUGUGCCCAUAAGGAGAUAAAAGAAGAGCUUUAUGAUCCCGUAUACUUGACUGAACCAUUCUUGAAGAUGAUCGAGACAAAUUCUGAGAAAUAUCUUGAAAAACAUCAGGAUACAAUUUUAAGGGGAUGGCCAAAUACUUAUUCAUUCACUAAGGCCCUAGCAGAAUACACAGUUCAGAGUAUGGCAAAUAAUAUACCCGCCGCCAUUUGUAGACCAGGUAUAGUAACAUCUACAUACAAAGAACCUCUUCGAAGCUGGAUUGAUAAUCUUUAUGGUCCAAUGGGAGCAAUUGUAGGUGCUGGAACUGGUAUCAUGAGAACUUUUCACUUGGAUGAGGAAAAAAUUGCAGAUCUCAUUCCGGGUGAUUUUGUUGCUAAUGGAGUUAUUGCUGCUGGGUAUCAAAACCAGUUCAAUGAAAAAGGUGUCAUAAAAGUCUACAACAACAUAUCGUCUGCGCAAAAUCCUAUUACAUGGGGUGACUUUACCAAUUUGGCUGUAUAUUAUGGUCUCCAAAAUCCAACAGUGAAAUCGAUUUGGUAUUACUGCAAUACAUUGAACAAGAACAGAUAUAUACAUUUCCUUUUCGAAUUUUUUCUACAUUUGAUACCAGCCCUAUUAAUUGAUGGAUAUCUGCUACUAGUAGGGAGAAAAAGACGAAUGGUGAAUAUUUACAAAAAGAUCCACAAAUUCAGCCUCUUGCUCUCGUACUUCUCAUUGAGGGAAUGGAAAAUGCACAACGAAAACUUACAGAAAUUGUGGAACAAUUUAUCUGACAAGGAUAAAGAAAUUUUCGAAUUCAGUAUGGCUCCAGAAGAUUUCAACUGGAAUAGUUACAUUAGUAUUUUAGGUGGUGGUGUCAGACUGUAUCUACUAAAAGAUAAGAUGGAGACCAUCCCUGCAGCUAAAAGAAAAUAUAGGAGGUUAUACUACCUCCACAACGCAUUCAAAGGUGUUUGUCUUCUAAUUGCUUUGAAGCUAUUGAUGAGUGUUGUCAAUAUCGCCAUGAGCAUUUUCAGUUCCAGUUGAAGAGAAUCGGAGUGAUUGUUUCUUAUCUACUGAGAGGGUUUUGUUAAGGGGGUUCUUCUGGUAUCCCAAGAACUUGUAUAUGUGUACUGCCAAAAGAUGUUCUAUAUUUCUAACUCUGAUCUUUAUUUGAAGUAAUAAAAUAUCUAGAGUA